AUGGCCGCGGACGGCCGCGACGCCACCACCGUCGUCGCUCCAAUGCCGCGCCCGGAGGAGGAGCGCGAGCAGCCUCCCCGUGCCGCCGACGCCCCCGGUCUGGCUUCAGCCGACGAGGGGCAUGUGGAGACCUCCCAGGUCAAGGUUCCAGGUCCAGCCCACGAGGGACACGAGGAUACCUUGCAGAAGAAAAAUACUUUCGAGGUUCCAGGUCCAGCCGACGAGGCAGACAAGGAAGCAUCGUACGACAAAGAUCCCUUCAAGGACAAAGAUCCCUUCAAGGUUCCAGGUCCAGCAGAUGAGGAUGACUGUGAGACCCGUCGAGACCGGAAGCCCUUGCGGAUUAUGGGUCGAGCAGAUGAGAGAUACUACAAAGGGUUCUGGCCAGACCAACGUCUUGAGGAUGAUUUCUGUUUAUUCUCCAGGAUUUGGAGGAUUCUUGUGGUUGUUCCACCUGUAGGAGGCCCCGCUUUUGGAUUCGUCAUGAACAAAAUGAUCCUAGAUAUUAUGAUCAUGAAUUUCAUCGUGACGGAAUUCGUCGGAACUGUUAUCCGGAUUGGCUACAUGGAAAUGGUUACCCUGAUAGGAAUGGUUACCCAGGUUAUCCUCAUCGUGGCUACGGCUACCCAGUUGGACGAUUUGAUCAAGGUGGAUUCUUGGGAUGACAAGCUUGUAGAUACUCAAUGCUGUUCUCGAUACGAACUGACUCGUGGAAAGAACGAUUUCCCUGUGGUGGUUCUGACGAAUUCUGCUGUUACUGCUCCCUACGGCACCAUGCUUCUGAAGUUAUCAGGCUCUCAGGAGAUGUUCUCUACGCCAGAAAGUUCGUCAAACGCCUCAAGUUUUUCCAUAAAAUGGUUUGCAGCGAUAUUUCGAGAUUUUGAGCAGGGGCAACACCAAGAUGCACAUGAAUUCCUCCGCUGCUUACUUGAUAAAUUAGAUGAGGUAACUGUCGCUCCCAGGUCUGAAUCUGAAGAGCCCUCUUCUAUUGUCAAGGAAUUUUUUGGGGGGCAACUGAAAAGCCAGUUGAAUUGUCCAAAGUGCAAUCAUUGCUCGGACAGAUUGGAGUCUUUCCUUGACCUUAACCUGGAGGUUAACCAAAUGGACACUAUCAUGGAUUCACUAUCAUCUUAUACCAAAAUUGAGGUUGUUGAAGAUUUCAUUUGUGAUGGAUGCAAAUCUCGUGUGAACAUGGAAAAGCACCUCAAGGUGGAGCAGGCUCCAGAAGUUCUUGUAAUCCAGCUCAAACGGUUUCAAAAUUUGGGGAGUGAUAUAUCUAAGAUUCAUGACAUGGUGAAGUAUCAGUUAGAGCUGGAUUUAAACCCCUUCAUGAGCUCCCCUGAUGACAAACCUCAAUACUAUGAUUUGUAUGGAGUUGUAGAACACUGGGGUAACACAGCCAAGGGUCACUACGUUUGUUAUAUCCGUUCAUCAGAAACUGAUUGGUUUCUCUUUGACGAUGAUAAGAUUGGGAAAAUGACUGAGGACAGGGUUUUGGAGAAAAAGGCAUAUGUUCUGUUCUAUGUCAAGAAAGGUUCAUCCCCAUGGUUCUCUACAUUACUUGAGAAGAAGGAAAUGUUGCUGUCGGAUUAUUUUGAAGAAUUGGCGGGCAAAGGAUUAGACGAGGAUGGUGCUCCCCUUAAAGCGGGCAGCUACAGUGGCAGUGGUAGUGACAGUGACAAUGGCAGUGUUAAACAAGAUGUCACGGAGCAUUGCUUUUGUGGACCAGCAGAGAAAAAUGAAGCUGGCCCCAGUUCGGCCGGCUUGUCACAAGGUGUCUCAAACGGCAGUACCCUUUGCAGUGUGCCUGACGAAAACGAAGUGGGUUGCAGCCUACGUGGAGUACCAUCUGGAGGAACACAGAAAUCCACCUCCCUUACCCUAUCAAGUGUGGAAAAUGGAAACGCUAGUGGGUUGUCGUUGCUGUUGGAGUACAAAGAAAAGUCCAGCCAUGGCACCAGGGAAGCGAACCAUAACGGACCAUCGUCAGAGGUGCUUGAUACAGGCUCCCAUGGAGGGUCAUCACAAGAGAAUGGGAGAAACUGCAACCUACUCCGGUCAUCAUCACAUAAACAUGAAGACUGCUGUCCUGAAAACUUGACCUUGCACAAAGAGGAAGAAGAAGAUGGGAUGAUAGGCUCUUGUGAUUCUCCUGCUGGAUCGCCGCGCGGACGUGGGAUUGAUGGCACUUCAAGGCUCGGAACAGUAGGCUCCAACUCCGACCGCACUACUAAUGGCGAGUGCAAUACUAAGUUCGUUUAGAUUCAAGAUACAAAAUUGGCAUGGUUUUAUGCCAGGCUAUUUCGAUAUUCCCCAAGACACCUUUUAGGGUUAGGCGGCUGUUUAACUGGCUUCUGUGUUUGUCGCGCACAUGUGAGCUCAUGUGAGCAAAGGAAAAUCAGAUAUAAACCAUAGUCAAUUCAGUCCCCUUUUGUAUAUUAACUGGAAAUCCACUCUUGUUUUUAAG